GUCACGGGCAUGAGGCGGCUGCGCGGUCGCCAUGGAGGGCGAGGAGGAGGAGGCGGCGGCUCCGCUGUGGCUUCCCGUGGGCGCCGCGCUGCUCGUGGUCGCCCUGGCGGCUCUGGCUGCCAGGGCGAUGGCGCGGCUGGGGUGGCACUGGGGUCUGCCUGUCAUUCUCGACCAUCAUUCCGGAGAUCUUGGCGCUUGGCCCAUUGUACCCGAGACCAGCAUGCAGCGGGUCUCCAGCGUGUUUGCCCUGGACAUAGCGGAUUCAAAUACGGCCUCCCUCGCCGGUGGCGUGACGCUGGCCGUGCACUGCCUGGAGCCGUGCGUCCUCACCUGCUACUGGGGCUGCGCGCUGGGCGCCGUGCACGCCGUGCUGCAGGGCCACGCGCGCCGCCUCCCAACGCUCCGCUCCCCGCAGCAGAUGGAGACGGCGCUGGGAGGUGAUUACCUCCACAGGGAGCAAUUUGCAAUAUCAAAAGAUGAGAAGGUGCUGCAGAGAGUGGAGCUGCCUGACGCUCUGCGGGGGGGAGACCUGGGCGGCGUGCCCAGACUCCGCUACCCGCUCGUCGUGCUGCUCACCCACGCCGAGCACCGGCCACAACCGCGGGCUCCGGACAUGGUGGCCUUGCUGACGUGCGUGCACCUGCCAGACCCUGUACAUAGCGUGUCCUGCCGGGUGCUGCACCAGCUGUUGCUCACACACUCUGGGCUCUCGUAUGAUCUGAAAAGGCUGUACAUGUCAACAGAUGCGCCCGAGGAUUCGCAAAGCGAUGAGGGCGUGACCUCACAGGUGUUGCCCGAGGUCAGGGCGGAGGGGCAAGUCGCUGCCCAGGAGGAGGAGGACGGUGAUGGACAGGGCGGCGCAUGUCGAGACUGCGUGGUUUGCCAGAAUGCCAAAGUGAACCGGGUGCUCCUACCUUGUCGGCACACGUGCUUGUGCGAUCACUGUGUGCAAUAUUUCAGGCAGUGCCCAAUGUGUAGACAAUUCAUACAGUUUUCCUUCCCUUUAAACCCUGAUUAAUAACAAGAGAUGUUCUGCUUAAUGGACCGGCAUUGAAAACGUGAAACAAAGCGGUGGAUGAGAGCAGGUACUUUUGGAAAGAUGAACGAUUUUAAUGAGUGCGUGCUGCCUGCGAUGACGUACGGAUCAGAAACACAUUAAUGACAAAAUUUAACGAAAACUGAAAAGUCCCCCAAUAGGCCAGGAGAGAUGCAAGGUGACAAUUACAUUGAGGGACAAAGGUGGAACGCGUGGAUUGGAAAACACAGGUUAAUGACAUCGGUUAGCACGAUUGGCUACUAACAGUGCAAAAGAAGUUCAACAUACAUUGACACCGUAAAUAAAAGUGAGUGGAGGUGGGUUUGGCCAGAACACUGUGCGAGAACGGAUGAUGGCUCAUGGUCAAGAAUAACAAUGGGGUUGCAACCAAUGAAAUGUGUCUAAGAGCAUGUCCAUCGAGGAGAUGGGAGUAAAGAGUUUGUGCAGGUGGUAUGCUGAUUCUUACAUUGCAGGAUCGUGAGAGGUGGUGGCGACUUGGGGAGUCCUUCAUCCAGCAGCCAUGGCUGGCGAUCAUAAUAGAUUCUACGACUAAUGAACGCACAGGAUUUGUUUCUCAUUCAACCGACUUGCCCUCGAUUAUCUUAUCCCCUCAUAGAAACUCGCAUGCCUUCUGGUUUGAGUAUAUUAAUGUUUUGACGAGGUGAGAACUCAAGGGGCAAUGAAAGUCUCAUUUGCAAGAGUGACUUCGUCUUACCUGGAUACACAGGAUCUUGAAAUUGAACUUACAACCGAGUUGAUGCCAAGUAAGAUUUUUCUCAGGAACGUUGCCGUAUUUCAGGGUGUUGUCGUGUUUUUUGUGACAUCUAAACGAGCAAUUUUGCACAGACGCAUCAGCCACCGCUCCUUGCAGCUGAAGCAUCAGCCACCGCUCCUUGCAGCUGAAGCAUCAGCCACGAAGCGACUCCGGUCGCCAUCCACAUCCUCCCCCCCCCCCCCCCCCACUUGGUGUUGAAGGUUUGAGAGUCCAUUGGUUUGUUUACUUCGGUAUGCCAUCUGUCGAGACUCAUUUCCCCCCGGCACGUAUCUACCAUUGUUAGAUCAUUUAUUACAUUAGGGGCCGUCCAUAAAUGACGUCACGAGAUUUUGGACGAUUUUUCACCCCCCCCCGCCUCGUCACACGGCGUC